AGCGAGCAGAGCCCGACAUAUUCUGAACACCUUCCAAAUGUUGAGCCCGAGUCGUGAAGUGCUGCUCUUGAGGGGGGCGAGGUUGGAAGGGAGGGAGACGACGAGGGAGAAAACAGGCAUCGUCCGCGCAGAUUUUCACCUCUGAAAGCAUCCCGACAUCUCUGCUGACUGCACCGCGGCUCCGAGCGGACACUAAAAGGCACAAAACAAUCAGCCAGGAUGGGGACAGUCAGCGUGAUCAUAUUCAGCUUUCUGCUCGCCACAGCUCUUUCUGCCCCCGUUAAAGUCAAUGAGGACAUCAAGACCUUGUUUCACGGGGAGGAUUUCCACAUCAUGUUGCCCUCACGCUCGUUGGAGGUCACAUUUCGGAACAGGUCUUCUCCGCGGUCGGGUGAUGUGUUCCUCAUGCGUGAUGGCAAAUUGGUCAGCAGUCGGGCGAGACUCAACAGCCAACUCAGCUACCUCAUCAUAGAGGCUGUGGGCGAGGGAGACGAGGGCGUGUACACCGUGAAGGAUCCAGAGAACCCAGAGGACAUAAGACGCACUACGCUUAUAGUCCGAGAUUGCUCCAACGAGCAGGUCAUUAAAUAUGGAGACAACUACCAUAUCCCACUGUUAGGGGUGACUCCUCCCAUCACCCUGGAGUACAGGCCCAGUGCUGUGGAGGCCAACCAGACAUCAAGACCUGCUCUGGUGCUUCUGACCAGUACAGGGAUUUCAAGGGAUGGCUACCAGGGUCGAAUCAGCGUCAACGAGCGCUUCGUCACCCUCAGCGCUGUCACGGGUGCAGACGAGGGUAGCUACACUGUAAGAGAUGAAAGAGGUGAUAUCCAAAGGAAAGUGUGUCUCAACGUCAGAGAGCACCAAAAUUUUGUGACCUUGCCAUUUGGGAAAAGACUGAAGAUCAACCUGAUUCUCAACAGCUCCUUGAUCCGACUCUACUACACCCCCAAUUAUGACCCUGUACCCCGUCUGCUGCUGGACAAGGGAGAAUUUACAAGUGCCCAAACGGAUCUGGGUUUUGAGGACCGUCUCUCUUUGGAGGGUUCAUGGGUAUACCUGGAUCAGGUCAAGAAUGCAGAUGAAGGCAUAUUCCAGAUAACGGACAUACUGGGGUUUAAUGUGUCCAACGUCCACCUGGAAUUACAACCCUACAAGCUGGAGUCACUGUAUGUGGCCAUCAUCGCCCUGUUGGGCCUGCUGGUUUUCCUUCUGCUGGUUUGUUUGCUGUCCUGUCUGUUCAAAGUAAAGAAGAGGGCCAAGAGGGCUGCUGCCCUGGAGAAGAUUGCCCAGAACGCUGGCAAAGAGGAUGAGGGAGAAGCCUUCAGACAGGUGGUCCAGAACAUCACCAAACUCAGCGAGGAAUCCAAGCAUUCCCAGGCAGACAAUACAGAGAAAUCUCAGAGCACUGAGGUGGACAUUAAAGGUCUGGAGGUUUCCUCAAAAGAAGUUGGGGUCGGUAACCUUGAGACCAGUGACUCUGGCGUUGGCUUUAACACCGCUCUCCCGCUGGACACUGACACUGAUGCUCCUGACCAAAACCUUGACUCUGUGGCUGUAAGUGUCUCUGAAUCCAAACCAAGCCCACCGCCUGCCGCUGCCGCUGCUGCUACUACUGAGUCCAAGCCAAGCACUCCACCAGCUGCGGAAAUGAAGUCCAGCCCAGUAGCUGAAAGUAAAGCCUCCCCAUCACCUGAAACCAAGAAAACUCCCGAUCAGCCUGUGGAAAUAAAGUUAGACGUGCCCAAACCAGCAGAUGUUAAGCUCAGCCCAGCCUCGAGCCCUGAGCCCAAGGCUGGUCUGAGUCCAGCUGAUCCAAAGCCUGCACCCAGCCCAAGUCCAGAGCCUAAAUCCCCUGCUCCUAAAGCCCCCAGUCCAACACCUGAAAGCAAGAGCACCCUGACUCCCACACCUGAGCCCCCGAAACCAACCACACCCGAACCUAUCACCAAUGGUACCCCAGAGCCAGGCCCGGAUUCAAAACCAAGCCCGGAUCACGCUGAAAUUAUCGGUAGCUCGGCUCCAAAAGCAGCUCCCCCGAAAACCCCUGAAGUGGAGCUGAAAUCUAGCGGUGCCACGCUGGACGCCAGCAAAGACAGCACCGUUGCUGAGGAUUCAACCACCACCACCACCUGAGGACUGCCCCGGCAAAUAUCCAGUGAAAGCCCCACAGAUCUACUCCACCCACCACCACUGUAGACAAUCGAACACCCCCUACCAAAUAAUGAAGAAACCACUGAAACUGAGACGAGGACUUCGAUUUAACAUGUCUAACGCCUGAAUACUUCUACUUUAACGAUCUCUCUUGUCUAAAACUAACACUUUGAGACUUUCUGAUUCAGGAAAUCUUCACAUAAAAAAUGGGGCUUGUUUUAGUUGUAUACACCUUGCAAGCCUCGUUUUUUAGUAACUUCGUGGUAAAACUGUCGGACUGCAAAUAAAUUCCUUUGCAGAGUUUACAAAAGAAACUCCACACAAGGUCUUUUCUAACCUAAUGAGGUUGCCAGAAAGGUUUACAACAUUUCAUUGAAACAAGAGUAUACUAGAAUUCUUUAUUUGGCCUUAACUCGCAAUCAAAAUGCUUUGUUCCUCUAUCAGCAUGUGGUUAAAACACACAAAACGGUUGAAAUUUGCAGCCAAUGUCAUCUCAGAUCCACAAAAAUGUGUGAUGACAUUGUUUUGAUUGGACAUCACUGAAACGGAAAUGAAAGCCCUUUUGUUCACACACUGUACAUACCUGAAUAGGGACGUUAGGCGCUUCUGCCGAUCCUCUGGCUUCAUCAUCUGCAACACAGGAUCACAUAUAGAAAUAAAAGAUUCAUUUUGACUGUACCAACACAAGAAAUUAUACUAAUAACACUAACCCUAAUGUUUAAGGUCUCUGAGUUUGAGCCUCAGACUCCCAGUGGAUCUCUCAGAUGAUUAAAUGUGUCUUGCAGACUGAUCCCUCAAGUCCGGAUCAACCACUUUACUGCCUUUGAUCUGGAUUUCCUUGUGGCUCUAUAAAAAAAUCCCAUUAUUCCUACAGUUUAAUAGCAAGCGCUUGCCAUCAGCAACUCCAGGCACUAAAUGGGACCACCAUGUUCCCGCUGUAUGGCGGGCUUUCCAAAGGUGAAAUACUGAUUGAAAGCAUCUGGUGAGUUCAUGCUUGCUUGUUUGUUUCUUUCUUUCAUUAUCCCUCCCUCCUUCCUUGUCUACUUUCACAUUUUCCUUUUGUGUACUGUUCCUUCAAUGAUCCUUUCCCUUCUUUAUUUCAUCCUCUCUCCCCUUUCCUUUGCUGGGUAUCAUUUUAAACUGUGCACAGCCUUUGACAGUAAUUACAAUCAUUACAUUUUUUUCCAAAAUUUCCUCAUAGUAUUUGUUUGUGUUGACGCUUACAGUGAGCAGGUCCUGUGUCUUUAGGCCUCUAAAAUUUAGCAAAAGCAUUUAUGUCUAGCAUCUUUAAUGGCUCCAAAAUACCCCCACGAGGCCUUUAUCAGUGCCACAACAUCAUCCACAGAGGAGGUGUGCAGAUACAUUUCAGUGUUACAAAAUGCAUGUCUCUACCUCAUGUUUCAACAGACCACCGGGAAACCAAUGACAGUCCAGGUUUGGUGCGCUGAAUUUAACAAAAAGCAUUUUUGGAUUUUUGCGAGAAGCACAAAGUGGUAACCAUGAGGAUUAAAUCAGAUGAUCAGUGAGAUGUAGGAAUAUUAUUAGAGGCAGAUCCACCUGCAACCAACUGGCCUUUCUCUGUAGCUUUCCUGAUUCGUAGAUUUUUCUAACAAGUAAAUUAAUAUCAGGCAAAGCAUUUUAAAAGCCAUAUGAUACAAAAUAGGUUUAGAUGUCAGAUUUGUUACUUAAAUCAAUAAAUAUAAUACACAAACUAAAAAUCAAAUCAAGUGUUUUAAAUGGACAUACAGUAUCAGAUGGUCUACACAUGUGGAAUAAGGCAUUAUAAUGUAAAACAUGUGGAACAUGGAACCAGAAACCCAUUUUGGGCAAAACUAACAAUUGUCUUUAUACACACAUACAAAUACACACGGACACUUAACCACUAUGAAAGCCAAUUCUUGUCAAGUGUGAGA